AUGACCGACGCUCUCGCAACACUGGCCUCGAAGGAGAUCCACGAGUCUUACCCCUUCAUUGCUCCAAAGAAGUACAAGGGAAAGCUCAAUGGCAAAGUGACAAUCGUGACUGGAGCCUCGUCAGGUAUUGGAGCAGGCCUUGCCAAAGGUUUCGCAGCGGCCGGUGCCAGGGUUGCUUGCAUUGCUCGCCGCGAGGACAAGCUCAAAGCUGUAGUGGAUGAGGUCAAGGCUGCCGGUGGCGAGGCAAUUGCGAUCGUUGGCGAUGUUGCAAAGCGUGGUGGACCAAAGGAGAUCGUUUCGCAGGUUGAAAGCCAGCUGGGACCGGUCGACAUUCUCAUCAACAACGCGGGUAUUACUCGGUUGGGCCUCUUCUGGGAGGAGGAGGAGGACGUAGAUAUUUGGUGGCGUGUGCACGAAGUCAACGUGCGCGCUCCAGUAGCAAUGUGUCGUGCAGUCCUCCCCUCUAUGAUGGAACGAAAGACUGGUGUCCUCAUGACCGUGUCGUCCGCGGUGGCUACUUUGACCCUUCCAGCGAUGACGGCGUACUCGUCCUCGAAGGCGGCCAUCUCAAAAUUCCACGAAGGACUAAUCCAGGAGCUGGACGGCACUGGCGUCCUGUCCCUUGCCGUGCACCCCGGUAUGGUGGAGACGGAAGUCGCGAAUCCAGUAGAUGCCAUCAACAAGACAUCGCUGGAGCACCCCAUCGUGCAAGGCUUCAUGGCUUAUUAUACAGAUCCCAACCUCAAAAGGCAGACCAUGGAGCUUCCAGUGGACACAAUGGUGGCGCUCGCGGCAGACGAGAGGUGCAAAGCUUUGCAGGGCUUGCACAUCAAUGUCACCGAGGAUCUGGAGGCCGUGGUGAAAGAAGCGGAGAGGGAAGGCCGUGGACGAAUCGGCACGGACAGGUUGUACCUAGUCACCGUCCCGACGUUAUAG